ACCAGUCGAGUUACAAGACUCGAUGGAGGGCGGAGCUAAUCUGACACAUAUCCAAUCCAAGCUUUGAGGGCGGUUACAUAUUGCCCACUCCCUCGAGUUUGACUCCGCCCUUCGUCUUGACGUACACUUCUCAACCUAUCAACGACUAAGCCUGUGGAUGGGCGAGGGGACGGGGGCGGAGAGUGGGAGGAGGCAGAGAGAGGAAGGAGGCGUAGGCUGAGGAGGAAGAGGGAGGAGGGGCAGGGAAGUCCUAGCGGAGAGGAGGCCCUAGACUCGAGGAGACUACAGGAGGGUGCGCUGGUGCUACCCCGCUGCCCAACGGCCGUUCCGGAUCUUUUAAGGUGCAAGUCAGACAGAGACGGAGGAAAGGAGGUAGAGACUUUUAUGUCGGCAGACAGAGAAGCUCUACCCGUCACCGUUGCCUCACAUCCGGGGCUUCGGAGGGCUGGCCCCGCGGCCCCGCCCGCCCCCUCGCGCCUUUCAUGGCGACCGGAGGCGGAGGCUGGAAGAGCUGGGUCUGGAGGAGUCCCCUUUAAAUCUCCUUAAAGGGGUGGUCAUUGAACUCGGCCGACUACAACGCCAGCCUUAAAGGGGAAGCCGCCGAACUAGACGCUGACAAAUUGGAAACUGUGCUGUUGGGAGAAUUGGAGCGAGUGGAGAUUCUCGCGUCUUCUCUCCUACGCAAGAAGUCCUUUAAAUUCAGCUUAAAGGGGAAGUGGCCGCUUGUGGAGAACUAGAAACUAACGCCCGAUUUCUUAAAGGGGCGGCCUGCUGUUUGGAGGACCCUGGACUCCUUAAAGGGGUGGCCUCUUUUAGCCGGAGGAUUUGAGACAUUUUUAAAGGGGAGGUCUGCGUUUCGGGGCGAGCUUUCGGCCGCUUUUAAAGGGGUGGCCCUUCCUCUUCCUCGGGGAGACUUGUCUCGACCCCUGGCAGGGGGCGGCCACCGCAGUAGGCCAGCCGGAUACCAUCGGGUCGUCUUAAAGGGGCUAGGGGCUGGACAACUUGAGGCCUCGCCUUAAAGGGACGGCCGCCCCGUUUUCGCCGUCUCGGCCCCGCCGGCCCCACAGGGGGGCCCUGGGGCUUGUCGCCCCGGGGGCGGCGCCGGCUCCCUGGUCCUUGGCCUUGGGGCAAGCUCGGGGCCAUCAGAUCCUGCUUUAAAAGGGAAGUCGUGGCCCUCUCGUCCCUGUGCAGCCGCCAGCGCCGCGCCUGUGACCCCGGGCCUGUGGACAGGCCGCUUCGGGCCCCGCCGCCUCCGGAUGCGGCGCUGAGGGCGGUCGCCAUGGAGACGACAGCGGCCGCGGCUCCGGGCCCGGGCUGGGCCGCUGAGGGGGAGCGGCGGCGGCGGCGCUGCUCGCGGCGAGACCGAGACCGGGAGCAGCGGCGCCGCCGAGGCCCCGGCGGCGACGCGCCCCGGGCCUUGUUGGCCGCCCCGCGCGGCUCUUCGUCCUCGUCCUCGCCGCCGCCGCCCGCCAGGCCCUGGUCGUCAGCUUCGUCUGGAGAGCGGCCCGGAGGCCCGAGACGGCGGCGGCCGCGUCCCAGGCCUCGGCCCCCGCGACCCCGAGCUCGGAAGCGGCCUGCCGGGUCGGGCAGCCGCGGGGAGGAAGAGGAGGAGGAAGAGGAGGGGGGCGCAGACGACGGAGAGGCCGAGGAGGAGCCUGAGGAGGAGGAAGAAGAGGAGGAGGACUUGAUCGAUGGCUUCGCCAUCGCCAGCUUCGCCAGCCUCGAGGCCUUGCAGAAGGAUGCGUCUCUUCAGCCCCCAGAGCGACUGGAACAUCGGCUGAAGCAUUCUGGGAAGCGGAAAAGGGGGGGCUCCAGUGGGGCCACUGGGGAGCCAGGGGAUAGCUCUGAUCGGGAGCCUGGCCGGCCCUCUGGGGAUCGAGCCCGAAAAUGGCCCAACAAACGGAGAAGGAAAGAGGCCUCCUCCCGUCAUUCUCUGGAAGCUGGAUACAUAUGUGAUGCAGAAAGUGAUCUGGACGAGAGGGUCUCCGAUGAUGACCUCGACCCGUCCUUUACUGUCUCAACCAGCAAAGCCUCGGGCCCCCACGGCGCCUUCAAUGGGAACUGUGAAGCAAAACUCUCCGUAGUCCCUAAAGUGUCGGGUCUGGAGCGGAGCCAGGAACAGCCCCCAGGGCCCGACCCGCUGCUAGUGCCUUUCCCCCCGAAGGAACCACCACCUCCACCGGCCCCUCGGCCUUCUGUCUCACCCCCUGCACCCCUGCCGGCCGCCCCCAGUCUGCCACCCCCACCCCAGCCCCAGCUGCAGCUUCGGGUCUCGCCCUUUGGCCUCCGCACUUCUCCCUAUGGCAGCAGCCUGGACCUCAGCACUGGCAGCUCUUCACGGCCGCCCCCCAAGGCCCCGGCCCCUCCCGUGGCUCAGCCUCCCCCCUCAUCAUCCUCUUCGUCCUCUUCCUCUUCAUCUGCCUCCUCCUCGUCCGCGCAGCUCACCCACCGGCCCCCAACGCCCUCACUGCCCCUGCCUUUGUCCACCCACAGCUUCCCCCACCCUGGGCUGCGGCCCCCCCCACCACCCCACCAUCCCUCCUUGUUCUCCCCUGGCCCCACUCUGCCCCCACCCCCACCCCUGCUGCAGGUGCCAGGGCACCCUGGGGCCUCAGCUGCUAACGCCCUCUCUGAGCAGGACCUGAUCGGCCAGGACCUGAACUCUCGCUACCUGAAUGCCCAGGGUGGCCCCGAGGUGGUGGGGGCAGGGGGCUCAGCCCGGCCCCUGGCCUUCCAGUUCCACCAGCACAACCACCAGCAUCAGCACACCCACCAGCACACCCACCAGCACUUCACCCCUUAUCCCCCGGGCCUGCUGCCACCCCACGGCCCCCACAUGUUUGAGAAAUAUCCAGGAAAGAUGGAAGGCCUUUUCCGGCAUAAUCCGUACACGGCCUUCCCUCCCGCAGUGCCCGGCCUACCUCCGGGCCUCCCGCCGGCUGUCUCCUUUGGCUCCCUGCAGGGGGCCUUCCAGCCCAAGAGCACGAACCCCGAGCUGCCACCACGACUGGGGCCAGUGCCGAGCGGGCUUCCCCAAAAGGGGACACAGAUCCCCGACCAUUUCCGGCCACCUUUGAGGAAACCAGGGAAGUGGUGUGCCAUGCACGUGCGCGUGGCUUACAUGAUCCUGAGACACCAGGAAAAGAUGAAGGGUGACUCCCACAAGCUUGACUUUCGGAGCGACCUCCUGCCCUGCCUUCCUGGGCCCUAUGGGGCCCUGCCCCCUGGGCAGGAGCUCUCCCACCCGGCCGCCUCCCUCUUCACUGCGACUGGUGCCGUCCAUGCUGCAGCCAACCCUUUCACGGCAGCUCCCGGGGCCCACGGACCCUUUCUGAGCCCCAGCACCCACAUUGAUCCCUUUGGGCGUCCCACAAGCUUCGCCUCCUUGGCUGCCCUCUCCAACGGGGCCUUUGGAGGCCUGGGCAGCCCCACAUUCAACUCCGGCGCCGUCUUUGCCCAGAAAGAAAGCCCAGGGGCCCCACCAGCCUUCGCCUCCCCCCCAGACCCAUGGGGCCGCCUGCACCGCAGUCCUCUGGCCUUUCCUACCUGGGUCCGGCCCCCUGAGGCCUCCCGGACACCAGGCUCAGACAAGGAGCGGCCUGUGGAGCGGAGGGAGCCCUCUAUCACCAAGGAGGAGAAAGACAGGCCCGGGCUGGUGAGGAAGGGGCCAGGCCUGCCAAGGAAUCGGUGCGGGUAAAGGAAGAGCGGAAGGAGGAGGCCGCCGCCGCUGCCGCCGCUGCUGCCGCUGCCGCCGCCGCUGCUGCUGCCGCUGCCGCCGCUGCCUCCACCGGGCCUCAGGGCCUUCACCUGCUGUUUGAGAGGCCCCGGCCACCACCGUUUCUGGGCCCUAGUCCUCCAGAGCGCUGUGCUGGCUUUCUGGAGCCCACCUGGUUGGCAGGACCCCCUCGCCUUGCUAGGCCACCCCGCUUCUAUGAGGCGGGUGAGGAGCUGACUGGACCAGGGGCUGUGGCUGCUGCCCGCCUCUACGGUCUAGAGCCUGCCCAUCCCCUGCUCUACAGCCGCUUGGCUCCUCCUCCGCCACCUACUGC